AUGAUACAAGGGCUGACCAACUUGAAAAUCACCGGCAGGCACGGUCUGCCCUUGAAGGAUGCAUGGAAGAACGGAUCCAGCUCAUACCUCGGCAUGACCGUCCACGGCUUCCCCAACAUGGUUUACAUGUUCGAUUUUCAAGGACCAACAGUCAGAGCCAACGUCCCUAAAACCAUCAAGUGUCAGGCACAGUGGCUCGUAUCGACCCUCACUGAGCUCCGCGAUAGGAAUAUAUACCAGUUUGAACCGACUGCCACGGCUAUCCCGCAGUGGAACUCGAUGAUGACUGGGUCUUGGGGUAAGACACCAAAUCCGCAAUUUACGACAUGGGAAUCUGCCAGGAGCAGUGUCACAGAGCCGCUUUGGGUCAAAGGGAUUCCAGAGUACAAGCAUGCUCUCAACCAAUGCCUAGCUCCUGAUUUUCCAGGUUUUCAGUCUCCCAUAUACCGAGGAAUAUCCGAAGAAGCCAAUAUGGAAGAAGGCCAGAUAACUCAGCUUGUCCUGGCGUGA